UCCAACGCCUCACAAAAUUCCAUUAUUUUUCUCCAAAACCCCAUCCCUAAUCAUUUUUUCACUCUUUCUCUCUCUUGCUCUUCUCUUUCAUUAAUUCUGCUUAAUUCUCUGAAACUUUUCUAUACAGUUCCAAUGCCUUGUUCAUAUAAUUAUGCUUCUUCACUUUUUGGAUACUUCAUUUUUCUGACAUUGGUUUGGGCUUCGCAGCUCUGCAAUGGUUUUGGUACGUUUGGGUUCGAUAUACACCACAGGUACUCCGAUCAGGUCAGGGGAAUUUUGGACCUUUUUGACUUGCCUGAAAAGGGUAGUCUCGAGUACUAUACCGCUAUGGCCCGCCGUGAUCGGCUCAUUCGGGGACGCGGGCUUGCUGACAUCGUUGAUUCGACGCCGCUCACUUUCGUUGACGGCAAUGAUACGUUCAAAUCGUUGGGAUAUUUGUAUUAUGCCAACAUUUCUGUGGGCACGCCGAGUUUAUGGUUUCUCGUGGCACUUGACACCGGCAGCAACCUGCUUUGGUUACCGUGUGAUUGUAGGAGUUGUGUUCAUGGCUUAGAGACAGGAUCUGGACAAGAAAUAGACUUUAACAUCUACAGUCCUAAUACAUCAUCAACAAGCAUACAAGUUCCCUGCAACAGUACCUUGUGUCAUCAGCAAAGGCAAUGUUCUGCGACACGUAACAUUUGUCCUUAUCAAAUUCAAUAUCUUUCUAGUAAUACUUCAUCUACUGGGACAUUGGUAAAGGAUGUGUUGCACUUGACUACAGACGACAAUCAAUUGAAAGUUGUUGAUGCACAAAUUACAUUUGGCUGUGGUAUGAUUCAAACUGGUUCAUUUUUGGAUGGUGCGGCUUUCAAUGGUCUGUUUGGGCUCGGUAUGGAUAAUAUAUCAGUUCCUAGUAUUUUAGCAAGUAAAGGGCUUGCUGCAAAUUCAUUUUCCAUGUGUUUCGGAGGACCUGAUGGCAGAAUCAGUUUUGGAGAUAGAGGCAGCUCAGACCAAGGGAAAACGCCACUUAAUCUAAAUCAAUUACAUCCAACUUACAAUAUUAGCAUGACACAAAUACUUGUGGGGGAAAGUGUCAUUAAUCUCAAUUUCAGUGCAAUCUUCGACUCUGGUACCUCAUUUACUUACUUAAACGACCCAGCUUAUACAGCUAUUUCAGAGAGUUUCAAUUCCCAGGCCCAACAGAAACGUCUUUCAUCAGAUUCCAGGAUACCUUUCGAAUACUGUUAUGAAUUAAGCACAAAUCAGACUACCUUUGAGACUCCCAUGGUGAAUCUAACAAUGGAAGGGGGAAACCAAUUUUAUGUUACUGAACCAAUAGUCCCUAUACAUCUUCAGAGUUCAUCCCAGAGUGCAUCUGUUUACUGUUUGGGCGUUGUCAAAAGUGGGGAUAUUAAUAUAAUUGGACAAAAUUUCAUGACUGGCUACCGUAUUGUUUUUGAUCGUGAAAGGAUGGUUUUGGGCUGGAAGGCGUCCGACUGUUAUGAUGCCAAGGACUCCAACACACUACCUAUUGACCGACAAAACUCAACUGCAGUUCCUCCAACUGCUACUGUGGAGCCAAAAGCGACAUCAGGUUCUGGAAAUGGCUCCCCUAUCUCUACUCCUUACAGUAUGCCACCGUCUCCAGGGAACAAUUCAUCACGCUUGAAUUCCUUCAUUGUCUCUCUUUUCAGUGCCCUUUCUCUCUUUAUCCAUUGUUUCACCAUUCUUUUGUCAUGAAAUUUUUCAAUCCUGUAGCAUAUGUUAUUUAUAUUGCGUUUGGGAGCACCAAAUUGGCGCCUUGGAAUUAAAGUUGAAACUUAUUAGUUCGAAACUUUGAACUAAAUUUUCUCUAAUUCUAAAUCCAAGGCAUUGAUUUGGUGUUCCCAAACACAGCAUUACUGUAAUUUAAUUGCAGUGUAAUAUAAACAAAUCAGAGCCACUUCUGGCUUCCUAUUUUGUAGUAUUUAAUGCACUAAUUUAAAUAUCAGGUUGUAAAUAUAUUUUUAUGUUUACAA